AUGGCGCUGUGAUACAGUGAGGAAUAAUGACAGAAUGGAACCGUUCGGGAUGCUGUAAUACACUGUGAUCGUCAUGUUCAUGAUCGCGAUGUGAGCAGAGCAGUACAGCACAGCGGAACAGGAGUGUUAUUAGCAGUGAUGUCUCUGAUACACCGCGAUCUGCCGCCAUGCUACAGCAGCUCUUAUUCCACUCGCUCUUGUUUACCACCAUCCUGAUCUCCUACUGCGCGCAGCUGAACGGCCUACAGCACAAUACAGAGACCCCCUCCCGCAAAGCACGCCGGGACCAGCCUGCGACCGCGCCUGCGGAGCUGUCAUCUCUAACACUGAAGGUGUGUGUAAAGGACGGGUCCAGCCAGCGGUACCUGAGCGGCGCUUCAGUCCGAGUCUUUGUGAAUGGAUCUCAGCUUCAGUCCAGUCAGACCCAGCAGAAUGGAGAGGUGCUUCUCAAUGUGACCUAUCAGACGGGAGUCUCACUCACUUUGGUGGCCAGCAUGGAGGCUUAUGUACCCACCCAGCUACCAUGGAAGACCACCAAGAUGCCAAUAUUCUCUGCAGUUACAAUGUCUCUGGUCCCUCAAACCCAAGGGAACAUUUGGCUUUUUGAAGACACUGUGUUGAUCACUCGAAAAACAUCUGACCUGUCAUCCCAGCCGAGUGUCCAGUUCCCCAAGAGUCUUCUUUUGCUGCCAGAGAAUACCACUGUCUCCAUGGUGACUGCCUAUCUGACAGUUUCUGCCCCACCUUUAGAGAAAGAUAGUCAUUUCUUCUUCUACAACAAUGGAGUUUCAGGAUACACAAGUGUGAAAUUGAACCCAGUGGCAAUGCUGAGUGUCCAGUUGCUGUCUGAUGGUAAAGAGAUUGACAUUAGAGGACCCGUUCAGCUCACAGUACCUUUACCAUACCACAUCCACCUCAGAAUCAACGACUCUCUGCCUGCCUGGACCUUCGACAUGACUAAAGGUACCUGGGUGAAUAAAAGCACUGGCUCAGUUCAGAUGGUGAGAAAAGGUCUGGUUUGGACCUAUAUGGCUCCUCAUUUUGGAAACUGGAUUGCGGCACCUUAUCCGACCUCCAAUGGUUACAUGGGACAUACAACUUUGAUGGAUUUCAUCCUACAUCAUACCUACCUUCUUGUGGGCAUCUUGGGUGGGACUCUUGUGAUCGUUAUUGGAUUUUUAUCUGUGAUUUUAUGUCACUGCAGGGAGGUCAGCCAUGAGACUAGGAGAAAUCGAUGGAACUCCACUAGAAUGUCAAUCCUUAAGAAAGACCAAACCACAUCCACCAGCUCAGUAGAUGUCCAUGAACCCUUGUACCAUAAUGGUGACAGGUCUUACUCAAUGGCCACGAAAGGUGAUGUAUCAGCAUCCCCUCGAAAUCAAGCCAACUAUAACAUCUACGUUGAAAAUGUCUGCCGACCAGCAGGAAACCUUUAUGAAAACAUUGGUUCUGCAGGUCUUGAGAACCUUAGGGCUCCAGUGCCAAACUUGUAUGUAAACAGUGAUGAAGUAGCAAGGCUUAGAGAGAUGUCUGAAAACAGCAGCUCAGGUCAAGCUUCCUCUGCUAACAUAUUGUAUAGAGACAAGCUGUUCCACAUCUACAACCAGCCUGUGGCCAUUGUUCAGGCUCCAGAGCUUUUCCCUACCCAGGCUCAGGCUGACCUCACUGGAAACAGAUGUGCCACCUUUCCUCGGAAUGGUACGGAGCACGGAGCACAGACCGAAUGUAACCUAAAAGACAGUUAUACGCAGACACUGCCCAAAGUCCCUCAGCAAGACAGCAAUGUUCAGCCUGUUCUGGAGGGCCCACAGACCUCCACUGCCAACCCAGGAAUCUGGGGCCGCUAUAGUCACCUGCUCGAGUCUGUCUCUGUCCCAGGAACCCUGAAUGAGGCAGCUAGAAUGGGUCCAUUCCAUGGUGAGCUCCAGGGAAUCUCAGAGCAGACUCUGCUCGAGCUUUCAAAGGUCAAGCCUUCUCCUCGAGCGUGGUUUGUGUCACUGGAUGGCAAACCAGCAGCCCAAGUCCGGCACUCCGUAAUCGAGCUUCAAGGAAGGCACAGGCCAGGCAGUAGCAAUGACACCAGCCUGGAUUCUGGGGUGGAUAUGAAUGAACUUCAACAUUCAUUGCGAAAAAGUGAACAGGAGGGACCUUCUAUUACUAACAUGCCCAAAUUAGCACGAAGUCGAUGCCAUGAGGAGCAGGAUUUGAGCAGCAGUGAAAUCGGAAGUCCUGAGGAUACGUCUCUGAGGAAUACCUUAGAGAGCAGCAGUGCAGCUAUCCCUAACAUCCCAGAGGAUAAGGACACAUGUGACACAUCUAGUGAGUCUAGGUCUACUCCACCACCCAGGAGACUGCGUAAGGUACGGGAAAAAAAGCCUGAUAAGAAAACAACUCGACACAUGAGAGAGGAAAGGCCACAAACAAAACGCUAGUCCCAGAUUCACCUUGUUUUUUUGCU